AUGUCAAAGUCUUACAGCGCAUGGCAAGAUUACGAGUGGCUGAUGGAAGAAGGAGCUGACGAGAAACUCCAGAGAGAGGUUGAAGAAGAGCUCAGACUCGCUGAACUCGAGCGCCUCAUGAUGCAAGAAGAGCAAGCCUCUGGUGAUCUUCAGAUGAUGGAUCAAAUGACGAACCUCUCGAUGCGCACGAGUCAGCCACCGGUCAAGAGCCGGCUCAAUGUCAACGCGCCCGUGUUCGUCCCCUCCUGGGUCCAGAAAGCCUAA